AUGGCUGAUGAUUCCGAGAAUGAAGGUGACAGUUACGGCGAGAGCUGGUUAGUUAUCCCGUCUGCAAGGUAAGGCGAAGUUUCGACAAAGCUUUUUAAAACAAACUUUAACUAAGCCUGUUUAUCUUAUAAAAGCUUGUCUCUUAGUUUACUUUACUUGAACACUCCUUAACGUUUUUUACUAAAAGGAGUUCGCAAACCGUCAGGAGGCAGGAAAAAUCACAGAACAAUGAUAAUCAAAACGAAAAUUUGCUUUGGAAAUCUACCGAAGAGCCCAGCUCCAAAAUAUGGUGAGCAGUUUUUUUUUUCUCUUUAUUUCGUUUUAGUUAGCUUAAGACUUAAACUUAAUAAGCCUGUUUACAAAACAAUUUUUGAUAAGUAAACUUUUUAAAGCUAGAAGUAAUAGUCCCAUUCGACUUUUUAAAAAUCUUUUUAUUAUGUUAUUUCUCCAGUGUCAGUGAAUAUACAGGAAGAGCAAAACACCAUCUGCCAUCUGCUGUUGCUGCUGUUGGGGUAAAAGCAAAAUAAUUGAACUAAAUGAAUGUGUGGGCUACCUUUGACAUAAGAAAUUAAAUUCAUAGACCUCUUUCUGACCUCGUUUUAAAGAACGGUUUUUUUUUUGUAUUUUGCACAUGCUAACGAGGUCAGGCCGCCAUCAUGAACGAGGUCUAUUUUAAAUCUUUCCUUAUUCUUUCUACUUGUGAAAAAAGUCUGCUAGGCAUUCAGACACCAAAUAUAGAACUUCGGUAGGUGAUUGAAAACUUAAAAGAUAUUUCAGGUUUGUAUUCAUCAUCAAAAGGAAAUUCAAGAUCUUUUUUGGUCAACUUGGCUAACCCGGCCAGUGUAAUACUGUAAAAUUCCGAAAAUAAGCUCCUCCAUGUAUAAGCCCCUCCAAAUAUAAGCCCCCCAAAAUCGUAACGCAAAAAACCCUCCGUUAAAUCGCCCCUCCGAAUAUAAGCCCCCCGGGGGCUUGUACUUGGAAUUUGCCCUCGAAUACAAAGUAAAAGAAAGCGAAAAUGGUAAAUUUCCUUGCCACUACAAGCUAGCCUAAUCGAUUUUGAAACGCAAAUUUCCCUCCGUACAUAAGCCCCUCCGAAUAUUGGCCCCUCCAAAAAUAAGCCCCUCAAAAGGGACCUUUGAAAAAUAGAAGCCCCGGGGCUUAUUUUCGGAAUUUUACGGCACUUCUGAAAAGCCCCUGCUUCUGUGAAGAAAAGAUUUGUCUUUUGGCAUUUAGGUUUGCAGCAAAGUUGUAACAAGAAGUUCUGGACUUAACAAUGAUGCUCAGAAGGAUAUAAAAUCUGCAUGUUCCAUGGGAAGUCUGCCACACCCUUCUAAGCUGAAGAAAAGAAAGCAAAAACGCCUUAAAAGGGCGAACUCCUUACGUCAAAAUCAAUAUGGGUUUGAUGUGACAGCUCACGUUGCACAGCUAAAAAGAAAACACGCCGAAUUUAACUGGUAAGUGAUCACUUAAUUCUUUGUGAACUAAAUGUAGUCGAACCUUCAUGUGCGACUACCUCGCCUAAGCUACCACCUCUCAUAAGCGACCACUUAUCCAAAAUAAAAAAUAUUUUCCCGAUCAAAGCCUUAUCGUUGGAAACUCAAGCAAACGAGCACUUUUCGUACAGGCAACCGCGGCGACUUUUCAGGAUGCCGGUUAUAGAAUUUUCCAUUGUUUUUAACCUCUUCUUAGCGAUCAAAUGAUAAUAUGGUCUGAUCACUGCAUGUUCUACGCCGCUCAAGAGUAUGAGAAGAACUUUUAGAAACAAUAUGGAUUUACAUAUAAAUUUAUUGUAACCUACUAAACUGUAUGCAAUACCGACAUUCUCUCCAAAAAGUAGAUGUGUCCGCAAUUCUCCUCGCGAAAGACCUCCUGCAGUUCAAAUCUUCACGCUCUGGUUGAUCGCUUACGGGGGUCCGACUGUAGAAAAUACAAAAGUCGUCAUUUCAGAGGCAGAUCUAAGCGGGUUCCCCAAUAAGGAUGUUUUCUUGUUAUACCCUUGUCUCUCGCAAUACAAUACCGUCGAUCAGUAAGUUUUAUUAGAGGAAUUCAAAUAAACAGUUUGCGGCAGUUUCUUUGUGUUUUUAUAGGACCAUUUCAAAUUACACCCAGCAUGGUUGUGAUUUCCUUAAACAUCCUUGCUUUUUUCAAUGUUUCGCUUUUUAUUAUUAUUUAUUUAUUUUCUCAAGGCUUCCUUCUUAUCCAAGAGAUAAAAUCAUCUCCCCAUCCCUCGCAGUUGAUGAAGAACCUUUUCCUCUUGGAAGUACUGGACCACAGUGUGUUCCAUGCACUCCAAAGUUAGACAAUACAGAAGUUGAGCUUCAAAGUGAACAUUCAGAAACUGAAUGGACACUCUGCCAAUUACCAACUUUAAUCAAUAGCAAACCCACAACGUCUGAUUGGUUUAUGGAUUACCAACAGGUGCGUUAGACACAUGUGCACUUUAAGAAACGACACCAAAAUUUCUUAAACUAAGUGGAACAGGGGGGUUCUCAAUGAUCCUCAGUGAAAGGUUUCGCUGAGUUUUCGGACUAUUUUUACAUCAUUUCCUUGAUUUAAUGCGUACUGUAGUCGAUGUAUGGAUAAGAAUUGUACAUGGUUGAGUGUUGUUACGUUGUUGUUGUUUUUUGUGCGGUCAAUAAGAUUUUAAACAACUAUUUCCGCUGGAGUUUCAAGGAAAAUCACGUGUCUUCAGAAUAGAGGAGGAAAGAUUGAAUUGUGGCUAAAAAAACUACCCCAUAGAAAGCAUUUAUACAAGUUUCAAAGUAUUUAUUUUUUUAUUUUUUUACAUUUUAGACACCACAGUUGCUGGCGGGGCCAUUUAGUAUACCCUCAUAUGCUGUUGCAACAAGGGGAACAUCACGCAAAGCAACAGAGGAUGAAGAUUGUGAUAUCAUAUCCUUUUGGGCAAAAAAAUUUACUUUAUACUUGUCAGCGGACUGUAACAAUCUUGAGAAACCUUAUUAUUAGCUAUCAUGUUCAUAUAACUAAAUUAAAACAAAUGAAAGCCGGCCUACACUUAGGUGACUUUCUUGAUCAUCGCUAAGCUAAGUACGUUUUGCAACGUUGGCUACAAUUUAGGAUGAUUUUUUAUUGCCACUUUUAUCUGUUUAAAUCAAAGAGAAGGGUUUUACCUUUUAACUGAAUAUCUUCCUCCUUAACCUAUCAUACAACUUCCGUGACAGUACAAGGGGCCUGUCUGCCUUCAGUACCUCAAGAAGGGAACUCUCAAGUUUGGUCCCAUAUUCUCAAAGCUCACCAAGCCCUUUUUUCUCGGCCAUGUUAAAUCCUCUAAAAGAGGAAUAACCAUAUGA